AUGGCGACAGAAACACCCACCGCCGACUAUACCGCCCUUCUGGAAACCCUUCAAAAAAUCCAAAAACACGACUUCACCAUCCUAAAGCUCCGUGCCAGUGUCUCCCCGCUCGCGCCAUUCGAUACCAACGACCUCACACAGAGCAGCGAUGCCUCUGUGGCCUGGGACAGCAGCACCCCAACUGCCCUGCAGGCCGACCUGAGCCACUACAAAGAACUCUUCUCAAAGCUGCGCUUCAGCUACCUUGAGCAAGUAACAAAGGAAAAGUUCCUUCGCGCCAUCACAGAAGACCCACCACUCAUCGUCGAGCCCGCCGAGAACGACGCCCUCGAAGCCCAACUCGUAACUGAAAAGGCUGCCCUCAAGGAGUCGAAAGCAUCUGUAGAUGCGAUCCUUGCCGACCUCGAGGCGCUCUCGCAGCGGUUGACUGCCACUUACGGCCAGUUGUCUGGAUGGAGCACCGCAGCGGCCACGCUUCCAGGCGAGACGUUGGCACUAGAGGCGCGCAUCGAUGAGCUGGAGAAGGGGCGACAGAUGCCGCUUGACGAGACGGUUGCGCUUCUUGGAGAGCGGGAGGCGGAGCUGGCAAGGUUAGAGAAGGAGUUGGAUGCGGUUGAGAGAGAGCUGCCGAAGAGGAAGAAGGUCCUGGCAGAGCUGGAGAGCGAGAUUGAGCCAUUGGAGUUGGAUAAGGAAGGAUUGGAGAGGUUUGCGAGUGAGGCGGUGAGGAUGAGGGAUAGUGCCAGGGCUGAGGGGAAGGCCGAGAGGGAGAGCAUGGGGAGGUGGUAUCGCAGUGUUGUAGAGGGGUUGGAGGCGCUGGUCCCCAGGUAG